AUGAUUCGGUACGGUUUGUUCGAGACUUUUCAAUUAAAUUAUGCAAUUUGAGUGAACUUCUAAUUCUGAGCGUCGCAAUCGCGGGGGCCGAUGCCGUACUUGGUUGGGACGGAAUUCAGGCAGUCUCGGAAAGUGGAUUCAAAUGUCUCAAAAGCCACAGUAAGCUCAAGUUUUACUUUUUUUUGAUAACUAUUUUUUUCCGAUCAUUGUGGAUUUCCGUAUGAGUGACACCGAAAAUUUUUUAUUUUUUUAAUGUUCCCUAUACCGGUUUUCGUCCAUCAAAUGGAAUUUCUCAAAGUGGGAAAAAAAACUCGAUAGUCAAAAACACAAUUAAAAAGAUAUGUUCAAGCCAAAGAAUCAAUCACAAGAAGUUUUAUCGGAACUCUUUUCUUUUUCUCAAGUUCCUGAGGUCGUAUGCAAUUAAGUGAAAAUGACUUUCCGUCGUUCUUGAUAUAGAAAAGGCCGGAAACUCGCUAUUAAUCUAUUAAUUUCGAUUUUCUACUGUAUUAAUGAUUAAUAAGAGUAUUCAGAUAAGAAAGAGCACAUUUCAAUGUGAAAAAAGCCGUUUGAAGGUAAUUUCUAGCUUAAGGAAAAUCGCCGAAAAUCAUUUUCCACUUUAUUGUAUUAGGACUCUGACUUCUCUUAAAAAAGGAAACAAAUGAACGCAAAAACUCGCAACACAAGUCGGCUGGAUCCCACCACAGGGUGGGCGAAUAGCAGCCAAAGCUUCUAAAAGUGCGGCCUAUUUCAGUACAUUUUAAAUAUUUUUUUUUCACGCGCAAAAGGUUGGGGUGAAAUCCAGCCGAUGUAGAACUCGCAAAAAUACGUGAAACGGAAAUAAAAGAAUUUUUUUUGGAUUUUAAAAGCAGAAAAUAUAAUAAUAAAACGAUCAUCAAUACACUCUGCAUAUUUAACUACUCUCAGACUACGACUUCUUCAUCGGCCGAGUAUGGACCAGUACUGGCAACUACGACGAGGUCGGCAUUUCCAACAUAAAGAACGCCCGCGCAGCCGGAGUCACCGACGUUGGAGCCUACAUUUUCCCUUGUCUGGCGACUCGUUGUGCUCCUCCAGCUAACCAAGUUGAAGCCACCAUCAACAAGCUCAAGGCCGAGAAGGCUGAGGUGCGGAAAAGAAUGAAAAGGGUGGAAAAAAAAUUUUCGAUUCAGGUCAACUACAUCUGGCUUGAUAUUGAAAGACUCGCUUGGCCUGCUGACCACACGCACAACAGAAACUUCAUCACUGCCAUGGUCGACGAGGUUCAGGUAGGCCUAAUACUCUCUUACACUUUUUCUUUUUGAGUUCGAAAUGUUUAAAAAUGUGGUCUUCACUCCGAAAAAAAUUAAAGAAAAUACAUGAACCUGUGAUAAAGCCUGCGAAAUUUCUCUAUUGAUUAAUUGAUUGAACCAAUUUUUUCGCCAUUCAUAUAUAGUAGUCAUGUAUGGACCUUUCGUUUUAAAUUUCUUUGUUGACCUACCGGCCAAUUCGCAAAAGAUAAUAUUGAUUUUUUGAAUCGUUGGCAAACAAAAAAAACGUUGACAACUUUUGAAACUGAGACAAAUUACAAAUAUACUAUCCCAAGAUUAAGUUAUAAAUCUUACAAACUAGAGAACGUUUUUUUAAAAAAAUUUUUUUAAGUUGUACUAUAGGACCUUCUGAAUCUGAAAAAAGAAAAAAAAAAUUUGCAACAGUUCUUGUUCUCGGCUUUCGAAGCUAAAUUUCAACUUGAAUUUGAAAAGUGAAACAAGAUUUUUAGGAGAAAUAUUUGUUCUUUUUUUCUGAGAUCAGGAGGUCCUGGCAAUGGCUCUUUAGCGAUGUUUGAUCUAGAGUUCAAGCUUCUCUUCACUUUUUUUUCAUUGCUUCUUUCGCAGAAAAUGGGCUACAAACCGGCGAUUUACUCUAACAACAACAACUGGGAGGCGAUCGUCGGCCUUGACUGGAAGCCGUUCCCACACCUUCCACUAUGGUGGGCCAACUACAACGGCGAACAGGGAUUCUCUCGGUUUGCCUUGGUCUAAAGCGCAUGACUAUUUUUUGCACAGAUAUCAAGAGUUUGGUGGCUGGGCAAAGCCGCUGAUCCAUCAAUACAAGGGCACUACAGCAGGUCCUUGCUCCGUCAGCAUGGAUCUCAACUACAAACAGUGA